ACCACUGGCUGCAUCUGGACAUCCGGACGAAGAGCAAAGAUGCGCACUGUCGAGCUGUUCUGCGUGGCUUUCCUGUGCCUCUGCCCCAUGGCCUGGGCCUCCGCCGGCCGCGAGCCGUGCCGAUCACCACCUAAGACCAGCGGCAAGCUCUGUGUGAGUACCACCAAGGAGGAUACUAUCGCAUGGGGGGAAUUCAAGUUUGAUUCGUCUCAUAAGCAGCUUCACUUUGUGGAGGACACGAGCAAAUCGAACAAAACCUCUCACCUGGAUGUGAUUAUACGCUUUGAGGAGGGUGUGAUGUACAAGUUGGACCGCAAGAACGAGAGCUGUAAGAAGCAGUCCCUGCCGUGCCACAAGCACCCGAUGGAGGUUCCGGCCGAUGCCACACAUGUAGAAGAGCUGUACAUGGGAAGCCCUGAUAAACAUGAGCAGGGCCUCAGAGUACGCAUGUGGUCCGGAAAUAUGACCGAUCACGACUCGCAUCACUCACAGGACCACUACUCGAUGAUGACUACUUCCUGCGGUUGCAUUACCGUCUCCUGCACCUACCACAGUGAGAAGAAUGAUCUCAUCUUUAGUUUCUUCAACGUCGAGACGGAGAUCGACAACCUGGACGUGUUUCACCCUCCUGAUUACUGUGAAGGUGUGGAUUUAGAGGAUGCGCCUGAUGACCACAGCUUCUUUGACCUCUUCCACGACUGAAUCGUUGAAAACCCUUAUGAAUCAAUCAACACACAGGAUUACGGCAUUACGCUAAUUAAAAAAAAAAACAACUUCCAAAAAACUGUAUCCACUUUUCCUCUUUCUUCUGAGCAAAUCUGUCUCUCUGUAGCAUGAUCACCAUCUCUGUUCUGAGUAACAGCGCAGUUUUGUCCUUUUUGUGACUGCUCCUUUGUUUCUUGUGAAGUCAAUAAAUGUAAUUCAUAAUGAAAAAAAAAACAA